AAACUCUAUAACGGAGCUCAGCCUCUUCGGAACCCCAUAAUAUGGUCGGUAUGCGGCGACAAACCCACCCUUAGCAAACACCCACAGUCAUUUAAAUCCAUUUAUUGGAACAAAUUAGGCCAUUUAACGGAUUUUUUUUAAAGAAAUUCUUGCAAAUUUCGUCAAUUGGCAAUUGACUUUUUCGUAUACCUUUUUUUCGCGCUAAAUUUCGACUAUUUUACGCUUUUUUUCGCGUUCUACGGUGCUUAACGGAAGUGACGCCGAUUUCUUGAUACACCGUUUGUUACUUACUGCUUUUAUUCCCCACUCCUUGCUCUGUCCCAGACUGUUCGGUUAAAAUGGGAAAAUCUCAAUCCAAGCUUUCUCAGGAUCAGCUUCAAGAGCUCGUUCGUUCCACGAGAUUUGACAAGAAGGAGCUUCAACAAUGGUACAAGGGUUUUUUGAAGGACUGUCCUUCCGGAAAUCUGAACAAAUCCGAGUUUCAGAAGAUCUACAAACAGUUUUUCCCCUUCGGUGACCCGUCCGCUUUUGCUGAAUACGUUUUCAACGUGUUUGACUCGGACAAAAAUGGUACCAUUGACUUCAAAGAGUUUAUUUGUGCUCUCAGUGUCACUUCAAGAGGUGCUCUGGACGAGAAACUGGUUUGGGCCUUCCAGCUUUACGACAUUGACAACAAUGGUCUAAUUUCGUAUGAUGAGAUGCUGAAAAUUGUGGAGGCCAUCUACAAGAUGGUGGGUAGCAUGGUCAAACUCCCCGAGGAUGAAGAUACUCCUGUCAAGCGUGUCAACAAAAUUUUCAGCAUGAUGGAUAAAAACAAGGACGGACAGCUUACUUUGGAGGAGUUCCGCGAAGGAUCUAAGAAUGAUCCCACGAUUGUCUCUGCUCUCUCUCUCUAUGACGGUCUUGUUUAAACGCUAUGCCGUGUCCUCGAGUUGAUAAAGGGUACUGAAUCCAAAUUCCUUGAUCUAGUUUAGCAGCGGAUCAUUCGCUAUGCUGAAGACUGUUCUGCUUCUCUUAUCAAUGAAAGCUUAAAUCAAUGCCAAGUUAUUACCUGAGACUGUCCGUACUUCAUUUUGACGCUACUUGAACGACUGCCUCGUUUCCGUUCGUUGAUACGCGCCUUGGCUUUGACCACGUUUCUCAAAUUUGUCACUUUACUACUAUUUAUACAAUGUUUUUCAAUUAAUACCUAUAAAAUAAAAACAAUGAGUUGU